GAAGAAGAAGAAGAGGAAGAUAACAAUUCUGUGGCCGAGAAUAAUGUCGAUAAAAAUAAUUCAAAGAAGCAAAAGAAAGUGAGUGUCGAUAACAUUGGUUCUGAUAAUCCGUCUUCACUGCAAAGUGACUCUCAAUGGAUGUCUCCGUUCUUUGCGUCAGUAUUAGCCGGUUCUCUGAUACUCAACAAUGAGACAAACGGCGUGUCCAACAGUGGAACUACAGCUUCACAACUGCCCCUCUCGUUUCCAUUUGGAUUAGAUUUGGCCAAUAAUUCAAGUGCGGGUUUGGGCGGUUCGGCACUUAAAGGCAGUCAAUCGGAUAAGACGUGGUUCAGUGUUUUGCCGCGAAUGCCUUGUGAUGAAAGUGUCUGCCAGUCCUCACAAUCAGAUUUAUCUCAUUCUAACAAAAGUCAUAAUUCACUCAAACCGUCGAUUAAAUCGAUUGACACAAACAGUUUGACUCAACAGCAAAAGCUAUUACAACAGUCGCCUCUUUCAUCACUGAUGAAUGGUUUGCCAUCCAAUCUGUUUAUGCAGGCCUUCCUCUACCCUCAUAUACUGAGCUCAUUGUUUAAUCAGCACUCGUUAGGAGGGGGUCCCUGUCCUCCCGAUACCUCUCCAUUUUCAUUCGGUUCGGCGCUCAAUAAGAAUACAUCAAAUGUAUCCCAAAGUGCAGAAUCAACUAAUAGUGAUCCACAAGAAUCUACAAAACCCAUGAUAAGCACAACAAAUAGUGAUGUCUUAGUUGACAACGAACUCGACAUUUGUCCGCCACUUCAGAAACGAAUUGCUCAACAGAGGGAACAACAGUACGAAAGACCACAAAAGAUUGGCAGAGAGUAUCAGUUCGGGUGGUGGAGGAUCACCGACUCGUCUCAACUCAAGAUUAUGCUCGAAGUCCUACACAACAGAGGAGUCCGUGAGAGACAACUACACAAACACUUAACCAAAUAUCUUAACUAUGCGUCACAAUCGUGUAAAUCAAAUGUCGCCGAACUCGAGAUCACAGAUAUGGACCGAAAGAUCGCUGAAAUGUGUGCGUUUGGGGCCCCGAAGGAUGGCAAAUGUCCGCACGAUUUGUGCGCCACAAGUGAGUGGUGUAGAGAAGUGGCGCUUCGUUUCGAUAUAUCAGUUGUGGAACAAAUCGAAGCCCUCGAGGAAAAGAUCGCCACUUCUAGUAUGCAAAUCAGGAACUGGAAGCCAAUGCCCAGAAUCUCGUGCAAUGAAAACAUGAAAUUCAGAGAUGCGGCCGCUUUUGUCACAUCCACUCCUUCCGAUUCAUCUGAUUUGCAAACCAACGACACAGACGAAGACAAUGAGAACUCUAGCGAUAAGAAUAGCGAAGAAAACGAAUCUCAGAAAGAAUGCCAAACAUCUGAGGAAUCAAACGCUGAAUCGGAUGAAAUAAAUCCCGUGAAUGUAGGGCGCGAUCGACUCCUCGGACUCGAGGCUGUGAUAGAGAGACGUUAUCUCAAACCUCCGUUAGGUUUCAAAAGUAACACAAUUUUGGUUUCAACGAACAGUUCAGAUGUGGGACCGAUGGAUGACUACAACGAUAACGUGGCCGAUGAGAACGCCACGAGUGGUCUCCUUCGGUGGAGGGAUGCAGUGAGAGAGUGCCGGUGCAGCGCCGAGAUUGCUCUCUGUCUCCACUUUCUUGAGACGUGUAUCGCUUGGGAUAAGUCUAUUAUGCGAGCCAGCUGUCAGUUUUGUGGUUCGGGUGAAAAUGAAGCGCAACUACUUUUGUGUGACGGUUGCGAUAAGGGUUAUCACAUGUAUUGCUUCAAACCUAAAAUGGAAAGCAUUCCCGAAGGCGACUGGUUUUGCUUUGAAUGUCAGAACAAAAACACUAUCGAUAAAGUUUGUGUGGUUUGUGGUAAGAAAGGAAAACUAUUGAACUGCGAUUCCUGUGCGAAAGUAUUUCAUCCCAACUGUUUGGAUCCUCCCAUCACUAAGCCACUAAAAGGCAAAUGGAUUUGUCAUAUGUGUGGACGAAAACCAAAGAAACCAAUUCCUCAAAAAUCAUCGAAAAAAUCCCAGAAUUAUACUUCUGAAGAGAAACUCAUUGAAUCCAUAAAUAAUACAUCGAAUGCCGUGAAUACCAGUUCCACAAUCAGUGCACCGAAAGAGAGCUCUAAACGGUUGUCGAACGGAACCAAUAAAUCGGAAAAAGAGACCAAAAAAGAAAAGAAAACGAAACAAUCGGACAAAAGUUCAGAAUUGAAUUCUUGUAAAAUAAUUUUAGACGCUAUGGAAGGUCACGAACAUUGCUGGCCUUUCCUGCUUCCGGUCAACACAAAGCAGUUCCCGACAUAUAAGAAGAUUAUUAAGAAACCAAUGGACACGACAACAAUCAGAUCCAAAUUGGAUGCUUCGAGUUAUAAAAACAAAGAGGACUUUUCACAGGACGUGCGCCUAAUAUUCGACAAUUGUGUCACUUUUAACGAAGACGAGUCACCGGUAGGACAGGCCGGACACAACUUAAGGGCUUUCUUCGAGACUCAAUGGAAAGAAUUGUUUGGAAGUUGAGAAUGGAUUUAGUUAUCAAUUGUUUUAAAUACUGGUUUUAUAGUUGACUGCAUUUUUAGGUACUUUUUCAGGCCUAUCCCUAAUUCUGUAAUUUGUAUUAUCGAAAGGACAACAGUAGCCCUCCCCCUCCCUAUUCCCCAAUUAACUCCGUCAACAUUAACAUAAUAUUCAUUAUUGUAUUAUAUAUUAUAAGUUUAUUUAAUGCAAUCGAAUACAAGUGUAUUAAUUAGUAUUUUUGUAAAUUCUCUUCCAAAUUGCAAUCAUUUUAUAUAUCCGACCAAAUCAUGUG